AUCUCUCCUCUCGUUGACAUCUCUCUCAAACGCCUUCUACCGCAUACGAUCCUGAACCGAGACGCUCCCCUGCCCGAUACCUUUCCCAUCCAGAACAUCAAGCAUUUCAGCCAGCCAUGUCGUACCAGCAGCAAGGCUACUACGGAGCCCCCCCUCCUCAGGGCGGCUACCCUCCCCCUGAGGCUACCAGCAGGGCUACCCUCUCCCGGCAGCCCAUGUAUUACCCCCCUCAGGGCCACGCUCCCCCGCCACCUCCUCCCCAGCAGGAGGAGAAGAGCCACGGCUGCCUCUACACCUGUAUUGCCACGCUCUGCUGCUGCUGGCUCUGCGGCGAAACGUGCUCUUGCUGUCUAGACUGUCUUGAUUGCUGCGACUGCUGUUAAACCCCAGGAUUGAAACUACAGCGAACUUUUGACGGCCGAUCUGUGUGAGGACAGCUGAGACUGACUAAUUCCCUUUUUAUUUCAACUUUUUGUGUUGCGGGACACAACGGACGGAGAGCUGCACAAUGCGCUGGGGCCAAGAAGGAGCAAAGCAAUACUUGGUCGAUUGCUGCUCCGAUUCUGAUAUCCUGCUGAACACUUUUCAAACAUGGCAACUGAGGCGUUUUUUCGCAUCAACAUUUAGUCGGAUCACUUACAACUACCGACACUCGACGACUCUCUGUCAAAUAUAGUUUCCUUGCGUAUAAUUCCACCACUACUACGGUGGGAGACGGAGAAUAUAGGACGAAUCAACCAUAA